AUGUCUCAGUCUACAGACAUGCCGCCAUUGAAGUCGUCGUCGUCGUCUGCGCUAGGGGCUACAACUGCUAACGACGGUUACGACGUAACGACGUCGCAAGGCGACAACGCAUUGGACGCGGGAAUGAUCUUUCUUGGCGGUCAUCGAACACGCCCGAAUUGGUCGCCGCAGGAGGACUUGAUUCUGCUGCAGCAUGUUGCUCGCCAUGGCACGCGCAACUGGGGUUCGCUCCAAGCCAGCGGUUUACUGCCGCUCCGCGACCAGAAGGCCUGCUGCAACCGCUUUAUUCUCCUCAAGAAGCGGUGCAUUAAGGACAAGCGGAGCCUCUCGCAUCUGCUUCACCGCGCUAAGGAGUCCGUCGUCACACCUGAGACUAGCACCCAGCAGAAUCAAAUUGCGUCGUCGAGCUCUUUGGCAGCUCCUUCCUUUUCGAGCCAACUGCAGCUUCCGGCAUUGAGUGGCGGCAGCCUUGGCCUCAACAGCAACUCGCGACCCUCCUUCAAGAGCGGAAGUCCCACCAGCGCUUCUGGUAUCGCCGCCGCCACCGCGGCCUUCAAUGCUCCUUCCGCCACCGCGUCCCCGACGGCUGUGCGAAGUCCCGUUUCCCUUGUCCAGCAGCAGCAACACAUUCAGCAACAGCAGCAGCAGAAGAUUCAGCAGCCAUUCGCUGGUUCCCCGUACUUACAGCAGUCUGGUGUUAACACUUCUAACGCGGCUUUGGGAGGUGGAAACUUUUCCGGGGUUCCGCUUCUUCAGAUGCCUGCGCUCAAUCCGUCGACGCCUCUCAGCAUGUCCGUGCAGCUCGCCAAUCUCAAGUCCCGAUUGGCUCUCCAGCCUGGCUCGCUCCUUGCGCAAGCUCUUCGCCUGACGCAGCAACCUGACUUUGCGUCUGUCGCCGAUCUUCCCCUCCUCGCGAACGUGAGGAAACUCGCCAAGUCGUCGUCCUCGUCGUCUCUCACUGCAGCAGCAUCCGCUCCAGCUGCGGUCGGCUCUCCUCCUCACUCCUCUGCUCCCUCCGGCUGCUCCUCUCCGUCAGCCGUCGCUGCAGCCUUUUCUGCUGCCGGUGCCGAGCCGUCAUUUACGCGGCGGUCUUCUCUUUCCUCGACUGGCGGUUGCCGGUCUCCCAAUGCGUCGUUCGCUCCAGUCGCGCGCAUGCCUUCCUUUGAUGUCAGUUCAGUCUCCACAGGCCCGCCUUCUGCCACUGCUGCCGCUGCUGAUGCUUCUGUUGAAGCUGUUGUGCCUUCAACCGUUCUUCCUGUAGGUUCUGCUGUAGGUGGCCGCACUUUCACAGGCGGCGGUGGUGGAGUGGAAGGUGGUGGUGGUGGAGGCGCAGUUGCCGCGGGCAUUUGCUCAGACGACGCUUUUGCUUCUCUUCCCAGCGCCUCCUUCACUGCUCUUCUUACCUCCUCUGCCUCCGUCAAUCAUCGCCUGGAUUCCAUGGCAGCACCAGCGCCUGUGAUUUCCCACACAUGGAGGCCACAGGGCAACACCAAGUGCCUUCAGAAGGCGUUGUUCGCGGACUCAGUGAGUGGGGAGAACAGAGAGAUGCAGAUCCAGCAACAGCAGGUGUACCAGUCCCAGCAGCAGGCUCUGAACUUGAAGCUGCAGCAGCAGCAGCAGCAGCAGCAGGAGCAGAUUUCCCACGGUAAUUUAUCUGAGGCGACGCAACAGCUGGCCCAGCAAGAGGAAGGGAAGCAUCUAGUUAUGUCCCAGCGACCUGACGUGAUGCUGCUGGAGGCGUUUUCAUCUGCUCGUUACACCAGUAAUGAAAGUCUUCAUGGCAAUCAGAAUGAGCCCCAGCAAAUGCUUGAUGCUGGUUCAGGCGAUCCAUGGGGAGCACUGAACACAACCGAGGAUACAAGGAUGGCGAAUUUCAUUUCCAGUGGGUCGCUUGAGGCUGUGGUUGCGGGCAAUGGGCGUAUGUCCGAGUUUCCUCUGACUGCCUUCGAUGAUCAUAAGCCUGCGGGAGGUGCUGAUUUCCAAAGCGAGGAGGCAAUGUUCUCGUCUCUGUCCCACAACGGCAUGUUUGACAUGCCAGGAAGCUUCUCCGAGUCUGACAUGCUCCAGGCGAUACAUGCUGAGAUGGAGAUGCUCAGCUCGAUUGUCAAUGCAUCUUAUUUUGGCCUUGGGAUUGCCGUUUCAUGGCAUUCAAUCGCGAAUUGUCAAGGCAACUACGUGGUGUCCUUCCUGGCCACCAAGGGUCCCAAGGCGGAGUCCUUCGUAACAGCAUCUCUAGUGCAGCUGCUGUGUCGGAUCCUGUUUUUCCAUUGCCUCAUUGGCUCCCUUCCGUCCUUCAUUGUGGCAUCUUUAUCCUCCCCUCCAGGCAACUACGUGGUGUCCUUCCUGGCCACCAAGGGUCCCAAGGCAGAGUCCUUUGUCACGGCGUCGCUAGUGCAGCUGCUAUGCCGGAUCUCGAAGCUCGGGUGGUACGACGAUGAGCGGUUCAGAGACAUCGUGGAUGAAUGCACCAAGUUCCUCGCACAGGGCACAGCGGAGCAUUUCUUCCUAGGUCUCAAGAUUUUCAACCAGCUGGUGGCAGAGAUGAACCAGCCUAGUCCAGGCCGGUCACUCACCUUUCAUCGCAAGACAGCCUGCUCCUUCCGAGACCUGGCGCUAUUCGCAAUCUUCCAGAUCUCCCUCACCAGCCUGCGGCAGCUGCAAUCCGACGCUGACGACAAGCUGAGGGCGGAGGCGGUUUCUCUCGCUCUCCGCUGCCUGUCCUUUGACUUCGUCGGCACAUCACUGGACGAGAGCUCGGAGGAGCUGGGAACCAUCCAGGUGCCGUCGUCUUGGAGGGCAGUGCUGGAGGACACGGCCACCAUGCAGCUCUUCUUCGACUACUAUGCCGCCACCAAGCCCCCUCUUUCAAAUCAGGCCCUGGAAUGCCUGGUGCGUCUAGCAUCAGUGCGUCGCUCCCUAUUCACAGGGGAAGCAGAGCGUCUCAAGUUCCUGUCGCACCUCAUGAACGGCAGCACGGAGAUCCUGCGGUCCAAGCAGGGCCUGUCGCAGCACGACAACUACCACGAGUAUUGCCGCCUGCUGGGCCGCCUCAAGACCAACUACCAGCUGGCGGAGCUGGUGAAUGCGGAUAACUACGCCGAGUGGGUGCAGCUUGUUGCGGAAUUCACGAUUACGUCUCUCCAGUCCUGGCAGUGGGCGAGUGGCAGUGUGUACUUCCUCCUAGGCCUCUGGUCGCGCCUGGUCUCCUCAAUGGCCUACACCAAGAGCGACUGCCCCAGCCUGCUCGAUAACUUCGUGCCGCAGAUCACAGAGGCUUACAUCACAUCCCGCCUUGACUCCGUUCAGGCUGUGCUUCAGAACAACCUAUCAGAGGACCCACUGGACAAUGACGAGCAGCUACAAGACCAGCUAGACAACCUGCCCUACCUCUGCCGGUUCCAGUUUGACCGCACCAGCAAGUUCAUCAUCAGCCAUCUAGAGCCCAUCAUGCAGUCAUACACGGAAGCAGCACGGUGGCAGCCGGCUGUAGCGGCGAGCAAUACGAGCCAGGUGGCGCUACAGGUGAUGGAGAGUCAGCUGACGUGGAUUGUGCACAUCAUUGGCGCCAUUGUCCGAGGCCGACUCAGCUCCAGCAGUGGCGAUUCUCAGGAGCUAAUUGAUGGGGAGCUAGCAGCGCGGGUGUUUCAGCUCAUUCAAGUUACAGACACUGGCCUGCAUGCACAGCGCUACGACGAGCGCAGCAAGCAGCGGCUGGACCUGGCGGUGCUCUCCUUCUUUCAGAACUUCCGCCGCGUCUACGUGGGCGACCAGGCCAUGCACGCAUCCAAGAUCCUCUAUGCCCGUCUGGCAGACCUACUGGGCUUGCAAGAUCACCUCAUGGUGCUGAAUGUGAUUGUGGCCAAGAUAGCAACCAACCUCAAGUGCUACACCAAGAGCGAGGACGUGAUUGAACAAACAUUGAACCUUUUCCAAGAACUUGCAGGAGGCUACAUGAGCGGCAAGCUGCUUUUGAAACUGGACUCGGUCAAUUUUAUCCUGGCCAACCACACGAGCGAGCACUUCCCCUUCCUGGACGAGCCGAGCAGCACGCGCAACCGCACCAUCUUCUACUUCACCCUCACACGCCUGCUCUUCAUGGAGGACUCGCCCCAGAAGUUCAAAGCCUUCGUGGCUCCCCUUCAGCUUGUGUUUGUGAAGCUAGAGUCGAUGCCAGAUGCCUCCUUCCGCACAGAGCCGGUCAAGUUUGCCCUCAUCGGCCUUUUUAGAGACUUGAGGGGAAUCACCAUGGCCACCAACAGUCGGCGCACGUUCGGGCUGCUGUUUGACUGGCUCUACCCCGCCCACAUGCCGCUCAUCCUGCGCACCGCGCAGUUCUGGUCCGACACCCCCGCGGUCACCACGCCGCUCCUCAAGUUCUUUGCUGAAUUCGUGGUCAACAAGACGCAGAGACUCACCUUUGACUCGUCGUCGCCGAACGGGAUUCUGCUCUUCCGGGAAGCUUCCAAGCUGGUGGUGACGUAUGGCAAGCAUGCCCUGGCCAUGCCCACCGGCGCGCACCCAUACACAGCCAAGUACAAGGGCGUGUGGAUCGCACUGACGGUGUUAACUAGAGCCCUGGCUGGGAACUAUGUCAAUUUCGGAGUGAUGGAGCUGUAUGGAGACACGGCUCUGCCCGAUGCUCUCGAUGUGGCACUCAAGCUCUGCCUCUCCAUUCCUCUCCCUGAAAUCAUGGCCUUCAGAAAGUUGGCCCGAGCGUACUUUGCGUUCUUAGAGGUGCUCUGUCACAAUCACACGCUCGUCAUUAUCAACCUGCCCACAGCCACGUUCAGCCACCUGGUGGGAUCGCUGGACACCGGGCUCAAAUGCCUGGACGUCUCCAUCUCCUCGCAGUGCGCCUCAGCAGUGGACAACCUAGCAGCCUAUUAUUUCAACAACUGUCCCACGCUCUUCCCCGAGAUCCUCAAGACAUUAUUCGAGAUUGUGUUAUUCGAGGACUGUGCCAACCAGUGGAGCCUCAGCAGACCCAUGCUCUCCCUCAUCCUGGUCAACGAGCAACUCUAUAACGACCUCAAGCUGCAAAUACUCGCCUCUCAACCAUCGGACCAGCGGCCGCGCAUAGCGGAGUGCUUUGACAAGCUGAUGGCGGAUGUGGGGCGAAACCUGGACCCCAAGAACCGAGACAAGUUCACCCAGAACCUCACCAUCUUCCGGCACGACUUCCGUGCUAAGUAA